AUGGCCGCUCCUCAAGAACACGUCCCCGUCACGACGCAGCCGGCGCCUACUCCAGCCCCGGCUGCCGCCCAACCUGCCAACAACGGACCUGUUGACCAAGCCGACCUCGACGACUGGAAGAACCGCUUCAACCAUGUCCUCUCCCGCUCUGGAGAAGUCGUCAACUCCAAGUCCCCGGAGAGCGCGCAGUCCUGGACCGCCGGCUUCUUCGACUGCUUCAACCCCAUUGACACAUGCUUAAUCACCUACUGCCUGCCAUGCGUCACCUUUGGCAAGACGCACCACCGCGUCCGCAAGAAUGGUAACCUGGAUGGAUACGAGCCCAUCAACACCUCUUCUGGCAAACAGUGCCUCCUCUUCUGCGGCGCUGGCUGCUUUGGUCUUCACUGGAUCCCCAUGGCCAUGCAGCGCAUGAACAUCCGCGAAAAGUACAACUUGAAGGGCUCGUGCCUCGAGGACAUCCUCACCUCGUGCUGCUGCCACUGCUGCAGCUUGAUCCAGCAGGACAAGGAGGCCGAGCACCGCGAGCAGCAGCUCCUGAGCGCCGGUGUACAGCAGCAGUACCAGCCCAACAACGAGAUGCAGUAUCCCCCCAAGACAGGUUAA